AUGUCGUCGUGGAAGUUUGGCAAAAAGCUCAAGGAGGCUACGACGGGCCGAAGUGCCUCUUCGACCGUCACACCCACCUCUGCCAACACCCCUCAGCCUCCCGCAAGCCCUAAUCCCUCAACCUCCGACUCUUCCGGCCCUCCCGUCCCUCGCUCCGGUCUCUUGACGAUCCGCGUCGUUGAAGCACGCAAGUUGACGCUUCCGCAGGGCGUCAACCUGCCUGCUGGGAUCAGGGAUGCGGUCGAGCAGGCGCAGGGAGCGUAUGCGCGAGGUGGGCGGGAGAGUCUGCAGCGCAAGCAGAUGUGGUGGCUUCCCUACGUCGUUCUCGAGUUCGACAAGAACGAAGUCUUGAUUGAUGCGCUCGGCGGAGAGCUCAGCUCGCCCACCUGGAUGUUCCGCGCCCACUUCGACGUCUCGCGUGUCUCGGACGUCUCGAUCUCCGCCUACUUGCGGACGUCGCCCAUCGUCCCGGGCCAGAACCGCAACGACAUGGGCAACGACUUGUUCCUCGGCGGCGUCAAGUUCCUGCCCGCUUUCGAUGCGAACAAGCCAACCGACCAGUGGUUCCGGGCGACGAGCGGCGCUGGAGAGUUCCACAUUCAGGUCACCUUCAAGCCUGCAACGACUCAACACCUUACGAUCAACGACUUUGACCUGCUCAAGGUCAUCGGCAAGGGCUCGUUUGGCAAGGUUAUGCAAGUCCGCAAGAAGGACACCGGUCGGAUCUACGCUCUCAAGACGAUCCGCAAGGCGCACAUUGUCUCUCGCUCGGAAGUCACGCACACGCUCGCCGAACGAACAGUCCUCGCACAGGUCAACAACCCCUUCAUCGUCCCGCUCAAGUUCUCGUUCCAGAACGCCGAGAAGCUCUACCUCGUCCUUGCGUUCGUCAACGGCGGCGAGCUGUUCCACCACCUACAGCGCGAGGGCAGGUUCAGCGAAGAGCGGAGUCGGUUCUAUGCGGCCGAGCUGCUGUGUGCGCUCGAGCAUUUGCACCAGUUCAACGUUAUUUACCGCGACCUGAAACCCGAGAACAUCCUCAUCGACUACGUCGGCCACAUCGCCCUCUGCGACUUCGGACUUUGCAAGCUCAACAUGUCCGAGUCGGAGACGACCAAUACGUUCUGCGGCACACCUGAAUACCUCGCACCCGAGCUUCUCCUUGGCCACGGCUACCAGAAGACGGUCGACUGGUGGACGCUCGGCGUGCUGCUCUACGAGAUGCUUUCCGGACUCCCGCCCUUCUACUCCGAGAACACGAACGAGAUGUAUCAGAAGAUCUUGACCGACCCGCUGCGAUUCGGCGACGAGAUCUCCCCCGACGCUCGCUCGCUCCUGACUGGCCUCCUCACCCGCGACCCUCAACAGCGACUGGGCGUCGCCGGUGCCGAGACGAUCAAGACGCACCCGUUUUUUGCCAAGCACAUCGACUUCAAGAAGCUCAUGAAGAAGCAGAUACAGCCGCCGUUCAAGCCGAGCGUCGAGAGCGCCGCCGACACGAGCAACUUCGACACGGAGUUCACGCAAGAGCUGCCGGUCGACUCGGUUGUCGAAGACUCGCACCUCAGCAGCACCGUCCAGCAGCAGUUUGCCGGCUUCUCCUACGUCCAACCCUCGGGCGCUUUCGGCGAGAGUGUGCGGUGA